ACGUCAUGAUCACGUUGAUUCAGCUGUUCCCAUUGCCGCAAAUGGUCAAAUUGCAAGUAUUUUUGGAAUAACUUCAGAUUUAUUUUGUGGACAUGACUGUACAUCCGUCGUAUUAAGCGCAGCAUCCAAGCCACAAUCAUGAUGCAGCCCCUCAGAGAUGCCCAGCUGGGUGCCUUCACUUUCUUUGCAUCAGCUCUUCCACAUGAUGUCUGUGGCAGCAAUGGUCUACCCCUCACCCCCAACUCCAUCAAAAUCCUGGGACGAUUCCAGAUCUUGAAGACCAUCACUCACCCCAGACUUUGCCAGUAUGUGGAUAUCUACAGAGGGAAGCAUGAACGGCUGAUUGUUGUUGCAGAGCACUAUGAAAGCAGUCUAAAUGAUUUCCAGAAACAUGGAAAAACAGUAAGCUCGGAGACAGUGCUGCAGAUAGCCUAUGAGGUUCUUGAAGGUUUGGAUUUCAUGAACAAACAUGGAAUGGUGCACAGAGCCCUCAGCGUACACAACGUGCUCAUGGACUGCAAGGGAAAUGUGAAACUGGCAAAGUUUGGCCUUUAUCACAUGACUGAUCAUGGGGCUGAUGUAGAUUUUCCCAUUGGAUACCCAUCAUACCUUGCUCCAGAGGUGAUUGCUCAGGGCUCUUUCCAUCUGUCUGACCGCUCCCAUGAUGAAGCUCCUCUUCCCUCAGGACCCAAGAGUGAUGUGUGGUCACUCGGUGUUCUGCUGUUUGAAUUGUGUGUGGGUAGACGACUGCUACAGAAUAUUGACAUAAGUGAGAGACUGAAAUUCAUCCUAACCCUGGGUUGCAUGGAUGAUAUUGUCACUGUCCUUGCUGAGGAGCAUGGGUGCUUAGACAUUAUUAAGGAGCUCCCUGAGCCGGUUCUGGAGUUAUUACGGAAAUGCUUGACCUUUCUUCCAUCCAGAAGGCUGACCCCUGCAGAGCUGCUGUCUGAUCCUGUGUUUAACGUGGUCUCAACUCGCUACACGCCCUUCCAGAAGCCCAUUAGUCUGUUCUCCUCUUCUUUGCGCUGUGCACAUCUGGAGCUCCCUGAGGACAUCAGUGACCUUUGUAAAGAUGAUAAUGAGGACUACCUGUCAGAGCGGGCCAUAGAUGAGGUGUACCAUCUGUGGUGUCUGGCAGGUGGAGACCUGGAGAAGGAGCUGAUCAGCAAGGAGAUUAUCCUGUCCAAACCACCAGUCUGCACCCUGUCCAAUUUUGUCCUGGAAGAUGGCGAGUCAUUUGGCCAGGGCAGGGAUCGGAGUUUCUUGCUUGAUGACACAACAGUGACUCUGUCUGUCUGCCAAUUGAGAAAUAGACUAAAGGAUGUUCCAGGAGAAGCCUACUACCCUCUUCUGGAAGACGAAAAAUCAAGUGUGCCGCAGUCUAACAGCAGCAAUGAGCUGUCGGCCACCGUUACGCUGCCACUCAUCAUCCGUGAGAGAGACACGGAGUACCAACUCAUCCGCAUCAUCCUCUUUGACAGGCUACUCAAGGCCUAUCCAUACAAAAAGAACCUUGUGUUGAAAGAGGCCAGAGUGGACAUCCCCCCUCUUCUUCGAGGACUCACUUGGGCUGCUUUGCUUGGCAUUGAGGGAGACAUUCAAGCCAAGUAUGAAAGCAUAGACAAAGAUACUCCCAUACCAACUGACAGACAGAUUGAAGUAGACAUCCCUCGCUGCCACCAGUAUGAUGAGUUGCUGUCGUCCCCUCAGGGUCACAUCAAGUUUAGGCGUGUGUUAAAAGCUUGGGUCGUCUCACACCCUGAACUGGUCUAUUGGCAGGGUUUGGAUUCACUUUGUGCCCCGUUUCUUUAUUUGAACUUCAAUAAUGAAGCCCUGGCAUAUGCUUGCAUGUCUGCCUUCAUUCCCAAAUACCUUUACAACUUUUUCCUGAAGGACAACUCGCAUGUCAUUCAAGAAUACUUGACUGUCUUCUCGCAAAUGAUCGCCUUCCAUGACCCGGAGCUAAGCAACCACCUAAAUGAGAUUGGCUUCAUCCCAGAUCUUUACGCCAUUCCCUGGUUCCUGACUAUGUUUACACAUGUCUUUCCACUACAUAAGAUCUUCCACCUUUGGGACACACUGCUGCUGGGAAACUCCUAUUUCCCAUUUUGUAUUGGGGUGGCCAUCCUCCAGCAGCUCAGGGAUCGACUCUUGGCUAAUGGCUUCAAUGAGUGCAUCCUCCUUUUUUCUGAUCUCCCAGAAAUUGACAUUCAGCGCUGUGUGCGUGAAUCAAUCACUGUCUUCCGCUGGACUCCAAAAAGCACCACAUACAGACAACAUGCUCAAACGCAAAGAGCUGCUGGUGACAAUGGCAUUGGCACAAGUGUGACGUUUUACUCCACUGACUACCCGCACAUUCCAAAGACAGACCUGUCUCGGGAGCCACUUACACUGUGUGACUUGAAAGCAGAAGUAUCCCCGCGGAUCUCAGCUGAAGAUUUAAUUGAGUUCUGUGAGCUGUCAUUGGCCGGGACCAACAGAAAGACCAGACCCAGCAAGCCCAAAAUUGUGGCAGUUGACAUCCGCAGUGUAGAAGACUUCAGCAGAGGUCAUUUUUCCGGCAGCUUCAACAUUCCCUUCAGCACAGCUUUCAGCUCUGAUGGAGAACUGAUACAGUGUCCUGCAACAGGAAUUCUUCACAACUUCAGAGGACGUGUUAUUGUGGUGAUCAGCCACGCCAUGAAGAGUGCUGCUAUGUUUGCAGCACACCUGGUCAAAGUAAAUUUCCCACGGGUUUGUAUCCUGGAUGGAGGGAUCAACAAAUUGAAGCCAACUGGACUCCUGACUGUCCCCUCCCCUCAAAUCUGACUCCCAACCUUAGCUGUCGAAUUCAGCUUUGAAGUAACAAAAAGGAACUGCAGAAAUCACCCCUGACCUGAAUGUUCUGUACCGUCAUUGACAUGUGUCCUUACAUAUUAAAGACUCUGCUUCAUAAAGACAGGAUAGAAGUUGCAACAAUAACAUCUUCUUGUGCACAACCGAACCCUUUGUAUUUUUGUGCCAACAUGUUUGAUUAAUUUAUUUUUACCUCUUAGAAAUGCCUGAAUCAGUCGUUGUUGAAUAAGCUAAUAAUUAUAUGUUGUUGUGGCCUCAGUGAUAAAUACAGGUGCCUGUGACAAAAAGUUGGAUAUACCAU